AUGGCCAAGGUUCCCCGUAACUUCCGCCUGUUGGAGGAGCUCGAGAAGGGCGAGAAGGGCCUCGGUGCUGAGGCAUGCUCAUACGGUCUCGACGACGGCGAUGAUCUCCUUAUGACCAACUGGAACGGCACCAUCCUCGGACCUCCUCAUAGUGUGCACGAGAACCGCAUCUACAGUCUCAGCAUCCGCUGCGGCGAGAACUACCCCGACGUUCCCCCAGAGGUCACCUUCAUCUCAAAGGUCAACCUGCCCUGUGUGGACCAGAGAAACGGCANNAGGUAUGUCUUGCUAGGACAUGGACACCUAUUCAUGGCCGCACCCGCACACAAGAAGCUGCCGCAGCCUCCGGAGGGUACCAACUUCUAG